AUGGAUAUAGACUCCAUCAAUGAACUGGAAGGGCCCCAUGAGGACUCUUCCCGCUUCAACGUUUCCAAUAAAGCUUUAAACGAACCCAAACCGUCAGAUAUUGGCCGAAAACGACACAGUGACGUCGCACGCGAUGAUCUGAUGGACCUUGAUGGUGAGUUCUCAGAUGCCGUAGAAACCGGCGAAUUCGAGCCAUCUUUCGUGACAGCAAGGUCAACUACUGCUGAUGACUCUCUUGCCGCUACCCAAGAAAUCUCAAAUGUCCUGAACACCUUGAAUGAAGAGCCAGAAAUGUCCAUUAUGGACAGCUUUGAAACUUCAGUUUUAAAGAUUUCUGACGGAACUUAUGCAGGACUAUACUCUUCAUGGUCCAAACAGUCUGGCUUCUGGGGAAACGAAAUGGUGUGA